AUGGAGUAUCUGGGCACGCUGCACUUUGUACAUCGUGAUCUUGCCGCGCGCAACUGCCUUGUUGGCAAAGGGAUGGUGGUCAAGAUUGCCGAUUUUGGGCUUUCUCGCGAAAUGGCCUCCGAGAACGACUACUACCGCAUGCAAACGCGUGGCAAGCUUCCCGUGAAGUGGAUGGCUCCCGAGACUAUGACCUUCCGAAAGUUUUCUUCAAUGUCCGAUGUGUGGUCCUUUGGCGUAACAGCCUGGGAAUGCUCCAGUCACGGCGCAAGGCCGUACGGUGAGAUGGACGGACGCGAUACACUGGCUCAUGUCGAAGCUGGAGGUCGGCUGCCCAUGCCACAGACCUGCAUGCCCGAGCUCUACAACGUGAUGAUGAGCUGCUGGGACAUGUCACCCGAGAACCGUCCGACCUUUGCUCAGCUUGUCCGAACCCUGACAGCGCUCCAAGAUGGGACGACGAUUCGCGAGAUUGGUGCCAUGCUGUGA